AUGGAGGAUUCCAGUCUUCCCCGCGGCUCCAAGGAGCUGGCCCAAUCCAACGUCUUCGCUGAAGAUAUUGUUUACGGGCCAAACGGCCUUCGCGGGCUGAUCGGCAACUCAUACGUCUUUGGCGCUGCUUUCCUCGCCUCACUAGGUGGGUUUUCGUUUGGCUACGACCAGGGUGUUAUCUCAAUCAUCAACGUUAUGGCCCAGUUCCACAAUGCCUUCCCACAAACCGAAAGUGCUUUUGGCACUAGUUUCAUGACUGCUAUGUUGCUGCUCGGCGCUUUUAUUGGUUGUAUCUUUAUGCCUUACCUGGCCGACAAGAUCUCACGGAAACACGCCCUCACCGUUGUGGUGGUUAUCUUCACCAUCGGUGCCGCAAUUCAGACAUCAGCCCCGAGUUAUGCUGCCCUGGUCACUGGCAGAGCUAUUGGGGGCAUUGGCGUUGGAACUCUAGCAAUGGGAAGUAAUCUUUUGACUUCCAAGGGUGCCCCAUUGUAUAUCUCCGAAAUCUCUCCGCCGAAUCUCAGAGGAACCCUUCUCGUACUCGAGUCCAUUUCCAUUGUAUCCGGCGUCGUUAUUUCCUUCUGGAUUACAUAUGGUACGAGAAACAUCAACAGUGAGGUCUCAUUCCGGCUACCUCUGGGACUGCAAAUGGUCUGCACUACAAUUCUCGGCAUCGGCCUUCAAUUUUUCCCCUACUCACCCCGGUGGCUCAGCCUCGUUGGCCGCCACGAAGAGACCCUGAUCAGUCUGUCCAAGUUGCGCAGACUGCCUAUCUCUGAUGCACGCGUGCAACAAGAGGCAAGGGGAAUCUUCGCCGAGGUUGAGUUCAAGAGGCUUUCCAUUCAACAAAGACACCCAGGUGCCACCGACUUCAAGCUGGAGGUCUACUCAUGGCUGGAUCUGUUUGAUCGCAAGACGAUCCGAAGAACCAUUGUCGGCUGCGGAGUCUGCUUCUUCCAGCAAUUUUCUGGCAUAAACGCCUUCAUUUACUAUGCACCGACUUUGUUCGAAUCCAUUGGACAAACCUCCGAAAUGGCACUCAUUUUGUCUGGAGUGUUCAACAUCCUGCAGCUGGUUGCUGUCGCUAUCUGCUUUGUCGUUAUCGACAAGGUGGGACGCAGACCUCUCGCCAUUUUGGGAGGUUUCGGGUCUUGCUUCUGCUAUGUGAUCAUUGCUGCUCUCGCUGGCGUCUACGAGGCGGACUGGUCGGCAAACACGUCUGCUGGUUGGGCAUGCGUCGCCAUGGCCUUCUGUUUUAUCAUGGUUUUCGGCGUUUCCUUCUCGCCCCUCGGCUGGGCCCUGCCUGCCGAGGUGUAUCCCAACUCUCAGCGUGCAAAAGGUGUGGCCCUGGCUACCUGUGUCAACUGGCUUGCCAACUUCACCGUUGGCAUCGCCACGCCACCUAUGCUCCAGGAUAUCAGGUUUGGGACUUAUAUCUUUUUCGCCUUCUUCUGUGGACUUGCUGGGAUAUGGGCGUUGCUCUUCGUCCCGGAAACCAAGGGUAAGACCCUGGAAGAGAUCGACGCACUGUUCGGUGAUGGUUCUGGUGCCCCUUCUCAGCUACCUAUGAUUCUCGAGGCCUUCUAA